AAUUGUAGUGAAAUUGAUGGAACUAAAAUUACCUGAAUCCAGACUUUUUUUCUGGAGAUUUCUUUGUUUUUAGCGGGUGGGGUUGAAGGGGCCUGACACCUAUUUUUGAUAAUUUCCCUUUAUGUGAAAUCAAUACAUUUGAAUUUCCAGGGGAGGGUCCGGACCAUCCCACUCUAGAUACGCGAAUGCAUCAAUGUAUUUAAAGUUUUAUGAACCAACUAGUAUUGCAGCCACCAACAACCACCCCCCCCCCCUUCCCCGGUGAUUCGGAUUUUGUUGAUUAGUGAUUUUUUAAAAUUUAUUUUAAUGUUUAUUUGCUUGUCAAAUAAUUUGCCUCUUCAAAAAAAAAAAGAUGACAUGUCUGACAAACAUGAAUAAAAUAACAAGCACAAAACUAAUAAACCACUCACUCUAUUUGAUAUUGUGAUAAUUAGUUUAUUUACCUUAAACGACAGUGUAAGUCUGUCCUGAUAUAAAGCUAGAAAUGUUACACAAUGUUUUGUGAUUAUCUAGUAAUGAUUCCAUAAUGAUGAAUCAUAAUAAUAGAUAAAUGUAAUUUAAUAUACUAUGUGUCGCUGAUGUAAAAUUUUAAAUAGCAUUACUUGAAGUCUUAUACUUGAUAUUUUUUAUCGAUGAAUAAUAUUUAUUUUAUUUUUUAUACUUGGCCUCUAAAUAUUGGCGAAAUGAUGACAUCUAUAUGUAUCAGUAUUUUUUUUUUGGUUCAUAAAGUAAUGUCAUUAUUGAAAAAAAAUGUGGUAUAAUCUUUUUCUGCCAUUCAGUUUUAUUUGUGGCUUUAACAGCAUAAUUCCGAUAAUUUUCGACGCUCAUACACAUACUCAGUAAUAAAAUGGUGUUUUCUCAGUCAGAAGUUUUUGCAUAGUCUUAAGAUUAAAUACUUUACGACCGAAACUUCACGACUUUCCUUUACAGAAUGCCCGGUGGUGGACCAAAGUUUUUUCCAUGUGUACUGUGUAACAAACGGACAAAGCCACGAAAGAGACGUAAAAUAACAACACAGGAAACUCAUUUCCUUCAGAAAACCUUUCUUAUUACAGUCAAAGAUACUAAUGACACAUUGUGCAACAGAUGUAGGCAUAAAUACUAUGCUGCAGAAAGACAGAAAAUUCAAGUUGUCGCUAAAAAUGAUGAAAGCAACGAUGAAUACAUUCCCACACCAAAACGUCCAAAAUCCAGCGCUCUAUCAAGUCCACCCUCUAUCUCUUUGUCGAUCCCCUCUACCCCUAAAAGUCAUGCACAGUGCUUUUUGUGUAAGCGUCCGGGACCAAAGCUGGUGGUGGUACCAUCAAACACGAGAUUUGAUGUGUUCAUGAACUGUGAGAUUAUUGUACCAGCGGGUAGUCGAUGUUGUCCCAAUCAUUUGGAAAAUGGUGAAUUUAAAGCCGAUAUGUUGCAUAGCAUAAAGACAGCAAAUAGCUCACUCCUUAGCAGGACGUCUAUUACUGAACUGAUCAAAAGUUUACGAACAGCUGCACAGCAAAACGAAAAUCGCAGAAUUGAUUUUGAAACAUCGUCCAACCUGACAAAUAAUGAUUAUUUGAAUCUGACUGGAAUAUGCAAAGACGCUUUCGAUGAAAUCUGUGCAUCAGCUUUAAAAGAUCUUAGAAACACACCCGCUAGGACCACACGAACAUCUUUGGGCAUUUUCUUAUUCAAACUGAAAUCUGGACUUUCCAAUAAAAUACUUUCAACCAUCUUCAACAUUUCUAAAUCUAGUUUGCGUCGAGCCAUAGCAUCUGUAAGAAAGUCUCUCGUUGCAUCUUUUGUUCCACAGAACUUGGGUCUUCAGCAUAUAUCACGUGAAGAGGUAAUUGAAAAGCAUACGAAACCUCUAGCGCAGACAUUGUUUGGAGAUAUUGGGAAUUCACAAGUGAUUUUAGUAUUAGAUGGUACUUAUAUCUAUAUCCAAAAAAGUAACAAUUUCCAUUUCCAGAGACGUUCGUACAGUGUCCACAAAGGAAGACCGUUAGUGAAAGCGAUGGUGGUCGUAACGACAACAGGCCAUUUUGUAACAGCGGUUGGACCUUACCUCGCAGAUAAUAAGAACAAUGAUGCAAACAUCCUUACCCAUAUGCUAAAGUCAAACUUGGAAGACAUUAAACACUGGGUGCAAGAAAAUGACAUAUGUUGUCGACCGGGGUUUUAGAGAUGCAAUAAGUCUACUGGAGGAUAUGGGGAUAAAAUCAGAAAUGCCAUGCUUCAUGAAACGAGGGGAUAAGCAACUGUCGACAGAGGAUGCUAAUGCUAGUCGUUUGGUUACAAAGGUGCGAUGGGUAGUGGAGUCGGCGAAUGCCCGAAUAAAGAGGUGGAAGUACCUUGACAAAGUUCUCCCAACAAACCAAGUCCCUUACAUUGGAGACUACAUAAGAAUUGUCUGCGCCAUCUCUAACAAAUUCUUACCUCCACUAUCACCAGCCCAUGACGACGAUGUUGCAGUGGCGGCUAAAAUGUUGCAUCUUAGUCGUCAGGUCAAUGUGCUGAAAGAGCGAGUGGAGGCAGAGAGCUUGCACAGUAGGAAAUCCUCGAUGUGGAGAGAUGCUUCAACCAUCGAUGAUUUCCCGAAAAUGACCGAGGAACAGCUACGUGAGAUGACAUGUGGGUCCUACCAGCUUAAACUCUCAAGGUGCUACAUCCAAGAGCACCUUGACGGAAACCACGACAUCCUCGUUCAUAGAGAAGAUCCACAACUUCUAAAAGUUAAGAUGCAGAGCAGACACGUGUCUUCAAAAGCACAUGUCUUGUGGAUAUCCUACAACGAAGUUGAGGUCACAGCAUGGUAUUGUCUGUGUAAGACCGGGGCGAGAGUGGUUGGUGUGUGUGCACACGUUGCGUCCGUCCUGUGGUAUCUCGGGUAUGCCAGACACAAACAGGACUCUUUGAAUAUUGGGGUUAGGAACUGGGGGGUCUAUGUCGAAGACGCAGCCAGCCUUCCAGAACCAAUAGACGCAUCUGACAGCGAGGACAGCACCAUAGAAGAAUGAACACUUUAAAAUUUACUUUUGCACAUACUUUGUAUUGGUAACGUGGUCUCUCAGUUUUCUCAUUAUAGAUGUUUAACUAUUUAAGCAACAUUGGUUUUUUUUCCCAAUUUAUGAACAAUAGUGAACAUAUUUGAUGGCAAAAAACAGAUAAUGAUAAUAUAUAAUAUUUAGCUAUGAUAUUCUUAUUUACGUAAUUGCAUUUUUUACCCAUAUAGUAACAAUUUUAUUUCAUUGCGCUAGACUUAUUGCUUAAAAGUUAUUGUGCACACAUAAUAGUACUAUAGUAUAUGUUUCUCUUGAAAAGAUGGACAUUUUAAAGUGUUGCAUUGGAUAUCCGUGAGAUAAACGGGUAUAUGAUCUUAAUGAUGCAUUCAUUUAUUAAUUAUACCACAUGCAAUGUAUAUUCAUGUUGAAUGGUUUCUAGUUUGUUGAAAUUGGUGCAAAAGUGUUAUUGUUAUAUUGAUGUUAGUUGUAGUAUCAUUGAUAUUUAUUAUCAACUCUGACAUGUAAUAAAUGUGACGUCAGUCACGUCAUUGAACGUUUGUAAUUUUAACAUUAAACAAGCGCUCUUUCCAUGCGUCGUUCAGCAUGGAUAGGGACCAAACCAAACCAAGACUUUUAUUUUUGUGAAGUAUAUUGACCUGAGAUUGUUUCCUGGUUAUAUCGUAAAAU